GUAGAAAAGACACCAAUCGGCCCUCUCCCGGGGCAUUUGCAAGCGUAGCUCCGUCGCAGCCGAACGAAAUUCUCGCGCUGUCUCGCCCCCUCUCUCUCUCUCUUUUUCUCUAUCUCUCUCCCUCUCUCUCUGAGACCGGGACCUUAUAAUAGUAGUUGUUCUAUCGACAGGGAGGGAGAUACAUAUACAUAUUCAAGAUCCUGCGAAGUGACGGGUCGCAAUGACGGGCCGAUCAAGCCACAAAAGAGGGGAGGGUGCCUGGGCAGCCUUCGAGAAGGGCCUGGAGGAGUAUAAGCAAGACCAGCUCAAGCGAGACUGGUGGUACAGUGUCAUGUUGCAUUUGCAGGAAGGCAGACCAUACACAUCCAGGCGGCAGAGGCGUCUCCUGAAACGCCAGCAGGAUAGAGACCGAAGGGCGGUAGCUUACGCCGAAAGCUCCCCUGCUGAGGAGAAUAAACUCAGGAGGCUCAGGGGUGGGGCGCCCCUGGAGGUGAACGUGCCUCCAGCAGUCAUGCCGACAGACUUGAUCGUCGUGAGGAAGCCGAAGCCAGAGAAGAAGGCCCCCCCGCCACCCAAGGAGCCAGAGAAGCCAUUCGUGCCCGUCACCGAAACGGUGGAGAUCGUGCGCGAGAAGAAGCCCGAGAAGAAAGAGAAGAAGCCUCCGAAGGAGAAGAAGAAGGCCCCCGAACCCGAGAAGGAGGCGGCAGAACCGGCGGAGGCGGCCGCAGAGCCCCCCGCCCCGGCGGAAGCCAAGAAGGAAGCAGCCCCUCCAAAAGAGAAGAAACCAAAGGCUCCUCCCAAGAAGCCUGCUCCAGCGAAGGAAGCUCCGGUUCCUGCAGGAGAUGCAGAGGCUCCUGCUGAUGCUGCUGCACCAGAACCCGAGGCACCAGCCCCCGCGCCGAAGAAAGAAAAGGUUGCAGCAGCACCACCACCUGCGCCAGAGGAGGCCAAAGAAGCUGCUCCUGAAACGAAGGCCGAAGAAGCAGAGGCAGCUGCUCCUGUGCCAGAAGCUGAACCAGCUGCUGUUGCUGCUGCUCCUGCUGCGCCAGAGGAAGAAAAAGCUGAAGAAGCUCCUGCACCAGAGGCCAAGGAAGCAGCGGCAGCUGCUCCUGAAAAGAAACCAGAAGAGGCCGUUCCUGCGCCAAAGGCCGAGGAAGCUGCUCCUGAGGCGAAGCCUGAAGAGGUUGCUCCUGAAACCAAGGCAGAAGAAGUCGCUCCUGCGCCAAAGGCUGAGGAAGCUGCCGCCCCUGCACUGAAGGAAGAGGAAGCUGCUCCCGUCCCACCACCAGCAGCAGACACCGAGAAGGCCGCUCCUGUCGAAGACGUCAAAGCAGCCAAGAAGGAAAAGAAGCCGGUCAAGGAAAAGAAACCCGCUGAGCCAAAGAAGGCCGCUCCACCUAAGCCUGCAGCCAAGGAGGCUCCUGCACCAAUCGAAGCCGAGAUAACGGAGGCACUGAAGGAAGAGGAACCAAAGGACGAACCAGCUGUGGAAAAGGCAGCGGAAGCACCGCCAGCCGAGCCAAAGGAAGAACCCAAGCCCGAAGCCAUUGAGGAACCCGCACCUGCCCCUGUAGAAGCACUACUGAUCGAGGAACCCACAAAGCCCGACGAGAAACCGGCAGUCGUCGAAGCAAAGCCAGCCGAAGCCCCGAAACCCACAGAGGCCAAGGCAGAAGAAGUCCCAAAGGCUGUAGAGGCUGAACCAGUCGAAGCACCGAAACCUGCGGAACCAAAACCCACAGAGGCCAAAGCAGAAGAAGUCCCAAAAGCUGUAGAGGCUGAACCAGUCGAGGCACCGAAACCUGCGGAAGCAAAACCCGCAGAGGCCAAGGCAGAAGAAGUCCCAAAGGCUGUAGAGGCUGAACCCGCUGAAGCCCCAAAACCUGCGGAAGCAAAACCCGCAGAGGUCAAGCCUGAGCCUGUUGCUGCUGCACCAGCAGAGGUGAAGACCGCGCCUGCACUGCACCCGCAAAAGGUAAACCACAAGCCGCUCCCAAACCAGUGA